UCAAGGAUAGUUGAAUAAUUGAUUGAUUGAUCGAUCGACCAAUAUCGAAAAGGCAGCGUCGGGGUAUAUUAUCUCAGAUCCGUUCAUCCAUCCAUCCAUCUGAGUCAGUUCAUCUCCAUCCCCCAUGUUAAUCCAUAUCUCCCUCCAUGUCUCCCUCGCCUCAACCCACCCACCCCCCCAGCCACGCAAGCAAGCAUUAAUUCAUCCCCACAUUUCGCCCCAGCAUGCCCAGUCCAGUCCAGUCCAGACAUACCAAAAAAAAACGCCAAAACAACUCCACUCAACGCAGCACAAAGCAGAUGGAAACCCACCCCACUCCUUUUCCCAAGUAGCCAUCAAACGCCGCAACGCUGAAAAUGCACCGCACCGUACCGUACCGCACCGCACAUCCCAGCACGGCAGAUAAAACGCCAAUAACAAAAAGCGCGAUAAAAAGAUAGAGAAAAAAAAGUGC